GAUAGUCCACAUUAUUUGGUAUGACUGAUAAAGGCUUCCUCCACAGCACCCCUAAGGUACAUGGGAGACUACAGAGUUCCAGAAGUCCCACCUCAGCUCGACGAUCUCUCAGUCCGGCUAUGUCUGCACAGCGUAUUAGCCCAAACAGACUCUCGACAUCAAAGACUUAUAGACAGUCUAAUCCAAUGUCUGAGUUAGAGAACAACACAAUACAGAAACAGCGUAAAGAGCUUCAGCUCCUUAUACAAGAGCUUAAGGAGCGAGAUAAUGAGCUAAAUGAGAUGGUAUCUACACACCAUAAGCAACUGUUAGCUUGGGAAGAUGACAGACAGAAGGUGCUGACCCUGGAGCAGCGCAAUGCAAGACUACAAGGGGAACUAGGUGCCCGAAAUGAAGAAGUGAAAAAUCUAAGUGCUCAAUUGAAAACCUGCCAAAGUGAAGAAUUGAAUAAAUCCACAGCUUUGGAGAGCACCCAACAGCAGCUUGCUAAACUGACAGAACAAGCGAGUUGUAGCAAUAUGCAACUACAGGAUAUGGAGGACGUUAAUCGUAAUCUCAACACUUCUGUACAAGAUAUGUCAUCCACUAUAGGCCAGCUGGAAGCUAGAGAGCAGGAACUACUAACAAUGCUCAGACUGAAGGACAAAGAUCUGAUAGAGGCAUCAAACCAUAUAGCUGAGCUCAGUGUUAAGUUAAAGAGACUAGAUGGGAGCUACAGGGAGAGUCAACAGUCUGAUAGACAGGCCAAGAGAGACAUAACUGACUGGAAACAGAGACAUUCAGAGGCAAGACAGGAAAUACAGAGGCUCAAUAAUGAACUGUCAAAUGAACAAAGUAGCCACCAGGAGCAAUCUAUAGAAUCUGAGAGGCUUAAACAAAUUGUGGGAGAUCUACAAAGGCAACUUGAUCUUGCAGGUGAACGAGAAAAGAGGAAGGAUGAACUAGUAGCUUUACAAAGGUCAAAACAAGAACGUACAGAUAUGGAGUUAACCAGCCUUAGGCAGUUAUAUGAAAGACAACAGCGAGAGAUCUCACUUCUACAGCUGAACUUAGACAGUUCUAAAGACCUCAUUGCCACACAUACCUCAUUCAAUAGUCCUCAAAGUAGUCCCGUGAGGCCUAGAAGCUCACAAUCCCGCCAUUCAAGUCCGACAAGAUCUCCUCUAAAGUCAUUGGCUAAUGCUGGCGAUGCAUCCUCAGGAUUACCCAAUGGGAGCUUACCAAACACUGGAUUUUCUAACGGAAUGGGAACUUCAGAUUUUAUGCUUCUCACUGACCAGAACAACUCACAGGGAGAUGUAUCGCCAACCAGUAAGCUGCACAGACUUCUGACAGAAUCAAGGCAAAUGGUGGAAAGUCUUGAGAAAACUACCCUACCCCCUUAUAUCCCACAGGAAAAAUCAGAGGCAAGUUAACAGUUUAAGGAGAGGAUAUACUUACUUUAUCAACAUAAAGUCCGACACAGAGAUAAUUAGAAGCAGAGUGGAGAUUUUUAUCUUUCUAAAAGCAUUUAUUCUUCUGUGGCUCCCCAUUUAGGACUCACAUUCUGUAAUUUAUGGUAAUUAUUAAAAAUUAGGCAUCUCCUUUGGAUUGGAUACUUCAAAAUGGUAAUUUUGUUGAGUCCAAUUUACCAUGCUUCACAGACUUACAAGCUGGCAAAAACAAUUAUUUACUUUAAAAUGGUAAAUUCAUUGAACUGGCCUUAAUGCUUUAAACAGGCAUGCUAAUAAUAAUUUUUUCUCGGGUAAGAUCAAUUUUACAUCCUCAGAACAAAAUGGAAUUACAUCCAAAACACCUGGGCUCAACUAUCAGACUAUGGUUACAAUAAUAUAUUAUAAAAAUAUUAUUUUCAGAUGGAUUCUUUAGCGGUAUACGGUAUGAUCUCACAAUCCAUAACUUUUAACAUCCAGUUAUUUCAGUAACCUUCAGUUUACCCCAGGUGUUAAUAUAGAUUUACAUCGUGACUUGAA